AUCAGACAAAUUCACAAAUCUCUCUCCCUUUCUGUUUGUGAAACUCGGAGAUGGCAAGAACUGCGUGUUAGAACAAUUCUGGAAGGAAAAAGAGGGGAUCUCUCUCUCUGUCUUGUCUCUCUUCAGCUCAAAACUAUCCAUGGCUCCCAGCAAGUCCAAUCCUACAGGUGAUGCAAGUGUUUCAUGCCCACAACCAGAGAAUGGUUGUCUCAGUUCAGUUUCCCUCUUAAGCUCAGAGAAGGCGGUUCAGGAGCUUCUCGAGGAGUCUUCUAUUCAGGAAACAGAUGACCACCUCAUAGAGUUCUCUGAGGCUAUGAGAACGGUUGCAAAGGCCCUGAGACGAGCUGCCGAAGGAAAGGCUUCUGCACAAGCUGAAGCAGCUGAAUGGAAGCGCAAAUAUGAACUGGAGAGGGUGCACAAUCUGCAUCUGGAGCAUAAAGGCUACAACGUGUAUGAAAAACUUCAGAGUUGGUGGACUUGGAGUUCUUUUUGUAAUGCAAUUGGAACUAUAGGAGUUUAUACUUCCAUGUCUCAUCUAUGGGACAUAUGCCAGGAACGGGACAGAAAAAUUUCUGAAGGGCCAUCAAGUAGAGAGAAUAAUGGGGAUGAUGAGAGGAUAAAAAACUUGGCCACGAGAUCAAAUGACCAAUCUGAACAAUGUUGUGGGAGUAAUGGGAUAUGGUCUCAUGAAGUUCUUCAGGAUGGUGAAUGUGAUUCUGAUUCAAAAUCGCUUCUCAAUAAGUUUGCAAGAAAGGCGUCGUUCAAACUUUCAUGGUGCUCCAAAGGCGAUCAGAGUGACCAGCACAAGCAUGACAUCGUCUCUUUCGAAAGAGGAAACAUUACAACUGCAGAGCGUAGCAGUAAACAGAUUUCUUUGAAGUGGGAAACUCACCCACAGACUGUGCUAAUAUUGACCAAACCAAAUUCAACUUCCGUUCGAGUUCUAUGUGCACAAAUGGUCAGAUGGUUGAGAGAGCAGAAAGGGUUAGAUAUUUAUGUAGAGCCACGUGUGAGAGUUGAACUUGUAACAGAGUCAUCAUACUACAACUUCGUCCAUACUUGGAAAGAAGAGACCGAGAUUAUGCUCCUGCACACAAAAGUUGACCUUGUGGUAACUCUUGGUGGGGAUGGAACUGUCCUCUGGGCAGCAUCCAUGUUUAAAGGACCAGUUCCACCUGUUGUGCCGUUUUCUUUAGGGUCUUUGGGAUUUAUGACUCCGUUUCACAGUGAACGGUAUAGGGAUUAUCUGGAUUCACUUUUAAAAGGUCCCAUUAGCAUCACACUACGACACCGGUUGCAGUGCCAUGUUAUUAGAGAAACAGCUAAAAAUGAGUUUGAAACUGAAGGGCCAAUACUUUGUUUGAAUGAGGUUACAAUUGACCGUGGGAUAUCAUCAUAUCUCACAAAUCUGGAAUGCUAUUGUGACAGCUCUUUUGUCACGUGCGUUCAAGGGGAUGGGCUGAUAUUAUCGACAACAUCUGGCAGUACUGCGUAUUCAUUAGCAGCUGGAGGUUCAAUGGUCCAUCCCCAAGUUCCAGGCAUCCUCUUUACCCCUAUUUGUCCGCACUCCUUAUCAUUCCGACCUCUGAUAUUACCUGAACAUGUGACGUUGCGAGUACAAGUACCUUUUAACAGCAGAAGUCAUGCAUGGGCAUCAUUUGACGGUAAGGACAGGAAACGGCUGGCAGCUGGUGAUGCACUUGUGUGCAGUAUGGCCCCUUGGCCUGUUCCCACUGCAUGUCAAGUUGAUUCGACUAAUGAUUUCUUGACCAGCAUUCAUGACGGCCUGCACUGGAAUCUGAGAAAGACUCAGUCUUUUGAUGGCCCUAGGGAUAUAUGAAACAAAUGAUCCUUUUUUUUUUUUACUUCGUAUAUGACUUUAUAGUUAACUGGAGAUCU